AUAAGGGGGGAAGACGCUUUUGCAGAUAAUUUACAUAUUUUUAUAUAGAAUACGCAGAAAUUCAGAGAAACAGUUCCAAUGAACAUGUCAGUGUUGACUUUGCAAGAAUAUGAAUUUGAAAAGCAAUUCAACGAGAAUGAAGCCAUCCAAUGGAUGCAAGAGAACUGGAAAAAAUCAUUCUUAUUUUCAGCUCUGUAUGCUGCCUUUAUAUUUGGUGGUCGGCACCUAAUGAACAAACGAGCAAAGUUUGAGCUGAGGAAGCCACUUGUGCUAUGGUCCCUGAGCCUUGCAGUCUUCAGUAUAUUCGGUGCUCUUCGAACUGGUGCUUAUAUGGUGUACAUUUUGAUGACCAAAGGCCUGAAGCAAUCAGUUUGUGAUCAGAGUUUUUACAAUGGACCUGUCAGCAAAUUUUGGGCUUAUGCAUUUGUAUUAAGCAAAGCACCUGAACUUGGAGAUACAAUAUUCAUUAUUCUUAGAAAACAGAAACUCAUCUUCCUGCAUUGGUAUCACCAUAUCACUGUGCUGCUGUAUUCUUGGUACUCUUAUAAGGACAUGGUUGCUGGAGGUGGUUGGUUUAUGACCAUGAACUACGGAGUACAUGCAGUGAUGUACUCUUACUAUGCCUUGCGGGCGGCAGGUUUUCGGGUCUCACGGAAGUUUGCCAUGUUCAUCACCUUGUCUCAGAUCACACAGAUGCUGAUGGGUUGUGUAGUUAACUAUUUGGUCUUCUCCUGGAUGCAGCAAGAUCAGUGCCACUCCCAUGUUCAGAACAUCAUCUGGUCCUCACUUAUGUACCUCAGCUACUUUGUGCUCUUCUGCCAUUUUUUCUUUGAGGCCUACAUCGGCAAAAUGAGGAAAACAAGGAAGGCUGAAUAGUGUUGGAACUGAGAAGGAAGCUAUAGCUCAGGGUCAUCAAGAAAAAAAAAAAAGACAAAAGAAAAUGGCACAAGGAAUCAUAUAUAUGGUGCAGCUAAAAAUAAUAAUAAUAAUAAUAAUUAAAAACAAAACUUGGCAGCUUAGGGGUAACUAGGUUGAUCUAACCCAGUAAGUUUAUGAUCCUUUUAUGGUGAGGACUCACUGAGUUCAACUCCAUCUCAAAGGACUGCUGCUGAGAGACACCAUCCCUCUCAUACUUAUCAACUCUAGGGGAAAAAAAUAUGAAAGAAAGAAAAGGCAGAUGAAGGUUAUUAACAAAUUUUAUGAAAAAAUAUUUAAUAAGUGUUAUAUUUCCCUAAGGACAGAAGACUUUUACUAAAAAAAAAAAAAAAAAAAAAAAAAAAAAAAAAAAUUCUAUAUCCUUUCUAAUCUUUUUCCGCACUAAACUUGAGCCAACAAGAAAAAAGACAAAAAUGGUAGAGGGCUGCGGGAGGGGAAGUGUGGGGGGUGUUGUGCCUAUAGAACCAGUACUUUGGCAGAAAUUAAAACCUUCCUUGGGAAAGACUGGCAGUUUUAGUCUAAAUGGAAAAGGUAUCUAGAAGGUUUCUUUUAAGUACCCAUGAGUCACAACGUGAUGAGUAAGGGAAAAAAACUUAAUGUUUCCCAUUGCAGUUAGAACUUGUGAGCAGCCCUUUAGCUAGUGAGUAUGCAAAAACCAGCUGGGGUAUGAUCCUUUAAGCAGGUUUUUGAAAAGAGGAACAAAACAUGAUUUCCUAGUUCCAAAUAUGAGAGAAUUUGUCCAAGUGUGUUUCCAGUGGAAGUCCAGUGAUUUCCAUUAUUGCAUCGGAUAAAGGAUGUUCAUCUUUGUCUCUCAUCUGAAGCUUUUAAAAAAGAAGCUUGGGAGGGGAACAAAAAAGGGACUAAAAAAAAGAAGAAAGGAGGCAAAACCACAACCAAAUAACAUGAAAAUUGAUCCUACUAGCUAAAAAAUAUUCAGUUCCACUGAGGGAAGGACAAGAGAGAGGGA